AUGGGGAACCAGAUGGACAAGCUGUCACAUCUAAGUUACGCAGGAGUUCCCACGGUGGACCCGAACUCCGUGGACCCGGAGGAGGGUCCGCGCAUCGGCGUCUCCUACAUCUUCUCCGGGGACGACGACGAGCUGGAGGACGGCUGCGCGGCCGACGGCACCGUGAAGGAGCCGAAGCCGGAAGAGAAGCAGUACGACCGGGGGGACGAGGUGGAGUGCUCCGUGUACAACCGGGAGGAGUGCAUCUACGACAAGAGCAGCCAGUGCGCCGCCGCCCUGGAGGUGCACUCCCCGGAGAACCUGCUCAACAAGUGCAAAGCGGGGGACCUGGUGGAGUUCGUGGCCGCGGGGCAGUACCCGCACUGGGCCGUGUACGUGGGCGACUUCCAGGUGGUGCACCUGCACAGAGCCGAGGUGAAGAACAGCUUCCUGACGGACGCGAGCCAGGGCAGGAGGUGCCGGGUCGCGAACGACUUCUACAGGUUCAAGGCGCUGGGCGCGGACAUGGUGGUGCAGAACGCCAUGGAGCAGGUGGGCCUGAAGGACCGGGAGCUGAGCUGGAGGAACCCGGAGUGCUUCGCUGCCUGGUGCCGGUUCGGCAAGCGGGAGUUCAAGAUGGGCGGGGAGAUCCGGAUAGGCAAGCAGCCGUACAGACUGAAAAUCCUCAUGUCGGACAAACACUCGCAUGUGCUGGAGUUCCAGAGUUUGGAGGACGUGGUGAUGGAGAAGAGGAGGAACGACUACCUGGGCCGGAGGGCGGUGCAGCAGGAGCUGGCCUCGCACUUCAACACCGUCAACAGGGAGCCCGGAGCCGACUGAUGCUGCUCAUGCU